AUUUUACCUGAUUAGUGGUGGAGUUCCUUUCAUUAUAUGUGGGAUUACAGCAGCAACCAAUAUCAAUAAUUAUGGAAUUGAAGGCAAUGCACCAUAUUGCUGGAUGGCAUGGGAGCCUAGUCUCGGUGCUUUUUAUGGGCCAGUAGCAUUCAUUGUGCUAGUCACUUGUGUUUACUUUCUCUGCACAUACGUGCAACUGAAGCGCCAUCCUGAACGCAAGUAUGAGUUGAAGGAAAAGACAGAAGAUCCGCAGAGAAUGCCAAGUACUGAGGUGGGCCAUGGUCAUAUUACAGACUCUGUGUCCGUUCCCCAGGCAACCUGCUCCAUGAUUUCUUCUUCCUUAUUGGAAAAUGAGCAUUCAUUUAAGGCUCAGCUUCGAGCCGCAGCAUUCACUCUGUUCCUGUUUACUGCCACUUGGACCUUCGGAGCACUUGCAGUAUCUCAAGGUCAUUUCUUGGAUAUGAUAUUUAGCUGUCUUUACGGAGCCUUCUGUGUGACCUUGGGUCUUUUCAUCCUGAUCCAUCACUGUGCAAAGCGAGAUGAUGUUUGGCAUUGCUGGUGGUCCUGUUGCCCAUCUAGAAGAAACACCUAUUCAGUCCAAGUUAAUGUGCGCCCAAAGGUUAAUGUGAAUGGUGACACUCAAGUUCAUGCACCUUGUCUUCAGGAAUCACCAUGUCCCAACAAAUCAGCUGUGUUUAAUCAUCCAGCGGCUAGCCACUGCAAACUUACUAACCUACAAGCAGUUCAAAAUCACGUUAACUGCCUUUCGCCUGUGACACCAUGUUGUGCAAAAAUGCACUGUGAUCAGCUGCUUGAUGAUGAAGCUCACAUUCAUGUCCACAACGAGGGAACCUUCAGACCCAAUAUGCACAUUCAUAGAUGUCUGAAAAGCAGAACUAAGCCACGUUAUUUCAGUCGGCAUAGGUCUGCAGGUGAAAGAGAAUAUGCCUAUCAUAUUCCUUCAAGUAUUGACGGCAGCAUCCACAGCUCGCAUACAGAGAGCCCCCACAGUACGCAUGAUAGCCAGUCAGGUCACAGGCGGGCCUGCUGCUCAAAAAGCGAUCCAUAUCCUACUGUCAACCAGCCCGAAAGUAGCGACGCAAGUACUGUAAUAUAUAGUUGUGCUAAAAUGCCAGAAAGUGACACUGUGCACCAUCCAGCUCAUUUUGAAAUGCACCCACGGACACAGUCAUUGCCAUUCAAUACGACGAAUCACAACGGAAUUCUCAAGGGAAACGUGCAUGAAGCCAUGAUAUACAGCUCAGAUAGUACAGGAAAUAUCAAAACUGGCCCUUGGAAAAAUGAAACUACUGUGUAG